AUGUACAAGACUUUGGUACGGAAUAUCGUGGAUGGGCUUAUCAAAUACUGCGAAGGAAGCACCCGUGAUGAGCACGCCGGCCUUCGCCCUGGUCGAUCGUGUCAGGAGAGCGAUCAAAAUGUAAUAGCAGUACUCGAAGCGAAUGCAGUUGGGACGCAUCUUCAUUUGAGACGUAACAUGUACAGGACGGCAGCAAGAGUCUCAUCGAGUAGCCAGGAAAAAGCAUGGUCUGUAAGUCUGGCCCAUAAAGUGGUAAUAUCUAAUGGGUACCCAAAUAGAGAUGGUGCUACCCGACAAGCACGACAUCCCUCUCGAAGAUCCAACGUAGUGGAUAGCCCAGAAAAGAUCCCUUUCUGUUUACCUCAUAUAUCUGAUGAUAUGAGCAGAGCGGUACGGAGCUGUCUACGAAAAGCGGGUAUAGAGAAUGACGUGAGAGUUGAGGAAAUACCUCCAGCGAACCUCAAGGGUCAGCUGGUACGUAACCAUGAUUGGGGUGAUUGCAUGGUAUCAGGAGUAGUGUAUCGUAUCACGUGCAGGUGGUGCGGUGACGAUUAUAUAGAAGAAACGGGACGUCCACUGUGUAUUGGGGUUAAGGAGCAGCUAGGUGGACUCGCAAAAUCUGAAAUCUUCACCCCACUCGCAGAACACUAG